AUGGGAAGCCGCCUAGAAAAAGUGAGUAAAAUUUGCAAAAUGGUGUACGCCGGUACGCGAGUACUGCUAGGUGAGGUGAAAAAACUCAGGAAAGAGAUCAAGAGGCUAAAAGAGGAAGAAGAGACUAGGAAAUUGCAGCUGGAAGAACGUGAGGACAACGACGAUGACGAGGACGAUGAUGAGGACGAAGAUGAGGACGACGGGGAUGAGGAUAAGAAGAAGGAAGAGGAUAAGGGAACUGAUGAUAUACACUAUCAACAAGUCAUCCCCAAGGGACACAAAAGUCCUCUUUCAAAUCUUUCGUCUGGUAAAUUUCAUAUCGUUGAGAAGGAAUAUAUGUCUGUGAAUUUGUUUCACUACUUUAAUGUUAAUGGAAUCUAG